CUUGCCAUACAAAGCACCAUGCGUUCCCUAUUCUUGGUUUGUUUGCUCUUCGGCUCGGCUUGGUCUCUGCCCGAAUCGGACCUAUCACCCACAUCCCCUGCUCCCGGGAACGACACCUCCGAGGAGUCCCAGUUGCCCGCAUUCUCGCCAUUUAGUCUGCGCGAUGGCAGGUUCGCCAUAGGCACUUUCGCCAAAGUGAACUGGUUCCAGGCCCAGGCCACCUGUGCCGCCUAUGGGUACACUCUCGUAAGCAUCUCAUCCGAGCAGGAUCAGCGCAGUCUGCGCAAUUUCCUCUUCAUCUACGCCCGGAACCAGCAGGAUCUGAUGACCGAUCCGCUCUGGACCUCGGGCACCGACCUGGCCAGUGACAACAACUGGGUGUGGUUCAGCAAGGGACGCGCUCUCAACUACCGCAACUUUCAAAAUGGACUACCGGGCUACUCCAGCGACAAUCGCCACUGCCUUGGCAUCAACGGAAUUAACGGACUCUGGGUGAACGAGGAGUGCUCACAGCAGCGCUACUUCGUAUGCGAGAAGCGUUGCCAGUUCGAUGACGAUGUAAAUUAACCUAUCUUGACGAAGUGAGUCAAAAACUGUGGGCGGGUGUUAAAUAAAAUAUCAGCCGAAUAUGUGCAAUUACAAAAGAA